GUAAUUGAGUAAAGUGUGUAGCAACAGAAACAUGGGAGAAGAGUUCAGAAAAGGGAAAAGUUAAUUGUUGGAAUAUUAGCUCACCUCCACCUGGAUGAGUCACGCAAUUAGGAUGUUCAAAUUAAGACUAAUUGCUGCAUUCCCUGAAGGAGCCUGGAGAGGUAACAGAGUGCGAGUCAAGCUGCUGUACGAGCACGAAGUUCUGCACUGCGAGCGAUGAAGUGUGUCCAGUGUUUGAGCGCUGUGUUUGCGAUGUGGGAUGAAAAUGACAGCCGUGACAGAAAACAGCACAGGAACUGACAGAAGGAGCCUGGCCUGUGCAGCCAUGCUGAUGUAUGAUUACCAUAUGAAGACAGACAUGGAGACGCCAUUCUACUCAUCGCUGGUGAAAACCCCGGAGCCGUACGGAGUCAUCUUCCCUCAUCCCGCCCCCCUCUACCGGAUGCACAUGCACCCCUUCCCCCGGUCUCACACGCCCAGCAACCAAACGCACAACCAGCUGGAGCCGGUGGACCUGUCCAUCAGCAAGCGCUCCUCCUCCACCUCCUCUUCCUCCUCCCCUCCCAGCUCCUCCGCCUCCUCCCCCGCCUCCCCUCGCAGCUCCCCGCCGUCCCCGUACAGCUCGGCGAGCCGCGCCUCCCCCCGCUGCUCGCCGCCGCACUCCCAGCCGCGGUCGUCGCCCUCCCGCGCCCUCCCACCGCCCACUCCCUCACUUCCUUACCCCACCGUGGUGCCCCCCCUGCUCAGCCCGGGCAUCCAGGGGUCAGGGGUCAUGGUGUCCUCCGUCAUGGUGCACCUGCCUGUCCUCUACCCCUCACCCCUUCACCUGCACCAGCCGUUAAUGGUGAGCCCACCUGUCGCCAGUGAGGACGAACAUCCUCUCAACAGGACAGCUCACCCUUCGAUGCCUCUGGAACUGCGAGGGGAAGCUCCCGACCUUCACAAGCCGAUCAAAACAGAGACUCGCUCUGAAUUCCCUCAUGACCCUAUCAGCAGCCGUGAGAUGAAGCCAUCCGUCAUCAGGAUGCAAAACGAGUACAAGGGUAACAACCCGUCAGUAAUAGUUCAUCCGGGCACAAAACAUCCUCUCCCUGCCGACUCUCCCGACCCUCUGAAAAAGAGGAGGAUUCACUGCUGCGACUUCAACGGCUGCAACAAAGUGUACACCAAGAGCUCCCACCUCAAAGCACAUCGCAGGACACACACCGGGGAGAAACCCUACAAGUGCAUGUGGGAAGGCUGCACGUGGAAGUUCGCCCGUUCAGACGAGCUGACGAGACACUUCCGCAAGCACACGGGAGUCAAACCGUUCCAGUGUCCCGACUGUGAACGCAGCUUCUCCCGCUCCGACCACCUGGCUUUGCACAAGAAACGCCACCUUCUGGUGUGAAACCCUCCACCGGGGGACUUGAAACAAACCCCACGCUGGGUUCAAUGUUGGACUUCGCCAUUUUGGCUCGGUGGCGGUGGAGGGGUGGAUUUAAAAGAGCUGGCCUUACACAUUGGACUCUGACAGGGAGUGGGGAAAUGUUCCUCAGGGUGCAGGUUUAGACCCUUUCACCUCAUUAGCCUGAAUAUGAGCUGGUGUCAGCUUGCUACUCUGUGCAGAUUUAUCACUAGCUCAUUGCAACAUUUUUUAAUAGAAAUGCGGUAGCUGUACCAGACCUCUGAUCAGCUGCGGAAGGUCCAGAGCGGCUGUAUCAUCUCAGCUGGCCUGAGAGCGGAAGCGCCGUUUUCUGGCUGCAAACUGCAUCCGUCUGUUGGAGCCACACGGCACCCUCAAGCUUAUUAGCGCAACAUAAGCUCUCAUUUCUCUGCAUGCAUUCGAGUUAAAAUUGCGGACACACACUUACAAACACAUGCUAUUUGCUAGCUAGGCCAAUAAAAUGUGAAACUUUCCAGAAUGUAUCAUAUCACACCUCCUACUGUGCUACUCGUACACACACACACACACACACACACACACACACACACACACACACACACACACACACACACACACACACACACACGCACACACACGCACACACACACACAG